ACGCGGUGUAAGAAAAUGGGUUGGGUUUCAAAAAAGAGCAAAUUGCGAAACUUAAUUCUGCAUUUGCGUUUUGAUGGCCAUUAGGCCAUUCCAAUCCACACUAUCGCUCCAACGAUUCUUCUCUAUUUUCCGAACUCAUCAUUCAAUCUCCUCCUCCGCCACCACCACCACCACCAACUUUCUACCACCCUUUUCCGUCCUCCGUUGCUUCGCAACUUCGUUCUCACAACCUCGCCGCCCCCAAUAUCCUCCUCCGCCGCCGCGGCCCGACACUCUGGCUCAACGAAUCGGAAAAUCCAUUCGCCGCCCCGGCGCUUCCUCUAAGGCCAGAAUUUACGCUGAUGUCAAUGUUGUUCGACCUAAGGAAUAUUGGGAUUAUGAAUCUCUUGCUGUUCAGUGGGGGGAACAAGAUGAUUACCAGGUCUUGAAGAAGGUUGGAAGAGGGAAAUACAGUGAAGUGUUUGAGGGUGUUCACUGUGGGAAUGAUGAAAAAUGUAUCAUCAAGAUACUCAAACCUGUCAGGAAGAAGAAGAUAAAGAGGGAGAUCAAGAUAUUGCAAAAUCUCUGUGGAGGACCCAAUAUUGUAAAGUUGCUUGACAUUGUUAGGGACCAGCAAUCAAAGACCCCAAGCCUUGUAUUUGAAUGUGUUAAUAACACCGAUUUUAAAGUGCUCUAUCCUACAUUGUCUGACUAUGAUAUACGAUAUUAUAUCUAUGAACUUUUAAAGGCAUUGGAUUAUUGCCACUCACAAGGAAUCAUGCAUCGGGAUGUAAAGCCACAUAAUAUUAUGAUUGACCAUGCGCAGCGUAAGCUUUGCCUGAUAGACUGGGGACUUGCAGAGUUUUAUCAUCCCGGGCAAGAGUAUAAUGUCCGUGUUGCCUCAAGAUAUUUCAAAGGUCCUGAGCUACUUAUUGAUCUUCAAGACUAUGAUUACUCACUUGAUUUAUGGUCUCUUGGUUGUAUGUUUGCUGGAAUGAUAUUCCGGAAGGAGCCAUUCUUUUAUGGACAAGAUAACUAUGAUCAACUAGUAAAAAUAGCCAAGGUACUUGGAACAGAUGAAUUACGUGCGUAUCAGGACAAGUAUCACAUAGAGUUGGACCCACGUUAUGCAGUGCUUAUUGGGAGGCAUGACCGGAAGCCAUGGACAAAGUUCAUUAAUAUGGAUAACCGACACUUGGCUGUUCCUGAGGCUAUUGACUUUCUGGACAAGUUACUACAAUAUGAUCACCAAGAACGGCUCACUGCAAAAGAAGCUAUGGCCCACCCCUACUUCAGUCCAGUGAGAAAUGCAGAAAGCAGUAAAACUCGCACACAUUGAGUUGUUGAUACCUUGUUUGAGAUAUCUUACUUGCUUUUGGUCAGGGUCCGAGAAUUUUCAAAUAUGGUGACUCUUGAUUUUAAGAGAUUCUGCCCUCAAGCUUCAUCGGAACCCCCAUCUCCCGUUUUGGGCAAAAUCCAGGUCUUGGUGAUUCCAUUUUGGUGUGUGCUUCAAAUUUGUGAAUGCAUUAACUCCAUCUCAGUGAAGUUUAUACACUAGUGUUUGCUGUAACUGGUCAAAUUUGUGAGUUCCUUAUUCUUUUGUAGUCUUGAAGAAAAUGGUAACAGUUGAGUUUAAUUAGUACAAAAUAUUUCAUUUUUUUUAACAAGUUCUCAUUACCUUUCCAAUA